CUCCGCCGCGGUUUCUCCUCUCUGGUGGCGUCGCCGUUCAGCGUUUCCCCUUCUACGCCUCCGAACCCUCCUAUAACCCCAGCAUCUGGCCGCUUCCCUCGCCGGACGAGUGGAGGGCCGCGGGGACCGCUGGCGACCCGACCUCCGCGGUCUCCCUUCUUUCCUCCGGACCUUAAGAGGUCUCGAAGGCGCCAUGGACGACGACGAGGCGAUGCAGGCGGCGUUUGAAGAAGGGGUUUUUCUUGGCUGCGAGAUUGAUCUCGACUACGAAUUUGACGCCGCGCGGUACUUCGACUUCGGCCGGGCGGAGACCCCGGCUGAGGCCCGCGCCGCCGAGCUCUGGUUCGAGACAGCCGGCAGCUGCCCUCCAUCUCGGUUGGCACAUGGAUGUAUGCUUCAUCGUGCUUCCAAAGUUAGUGGAAAAUCUACUACCAAGGGCCCUUUCUCGAAAGCUUCAACUUUGAUGAAGCCUACUGCAAGUCAAUUGGCCAAGCAAAACCAACCACGUGAAGUGAAGAAUGCCUGCCGGUCUCAUAAACCAGCAGCAGUCAAAAGUAACAGGAAUUUUGAAGAUUCAAGCAGUUAUCUGCAUCAAGCUGCCAAAAGGCAAAGACUAGAGAGAGGUCAUUUAUGCAAGAUAGUUGGUGCAAUGCCACAACUUGAUUUGAUUCACAAAGUUCCAAAAAAGAAAACUGGGCCUGCUGUUUGCAAUACUGGGCUUCCUAGGUUGAAACUUACAAUUCCAAAAGAACCCAAACUGGAAACUGCACGAAGGGCUCUUAACUUUAGGGCUCAAAGAGUAAGGCCGAGCAAUGCUAAACAUUUACAAGAAGGGAUGGUACCAACCACAUCUGCCUUCAAAGAACGCCCUUUAAACCAAAAAAUUCUUGAGGCUCCUUCAGUGUCCCUUGCUCAGAAGAGUACCCCACGGUUACCCAGUUUUAAAGAGUUCAACUUGAAAACUCGCAACAAGACUACUCAACAUUGCUCGGCUACAUCAUCAUCAACGGUUUCAGACAGUCAUAUUCCUUCUGCAGUAAAGGGUAACGUGACAGGAUCCAAAAGGACAGAACUUCAGGAUUCUGGUGCUCCAAAGCUACCAAAUGAUGAUGAGAAGGCAAAGGACAGCAGAAACAUGUCUUGCAUAUUCAAAGCUAGACUGUGGAGUAAGAAGAUUUUUGCUUACAAAGGAGGUUUUGGCAUCUUCCAAAGUACCAAGCAGGAAAUAACAGUACCUAAGGUUUUAAAUGUUUUGACAUUAAAUGGUCUAAGGAACAACUGUAAUUUCUGUUUGUUUGGACAUAUAUUUAUCCUUUUUUACUUCUUUGUAGGACUUCAACUUGUCAACCACCAAAAGUUGUCAGCAGACUGCAUUGACGGAACUUUUCAACAUGCUCUCUUUAGCUUCGGAAGAACAGAAGACUACUGCUUCUCAGACAAGGUGUCAACUGCCCACUUAUGUGGCUGCUGAGGUUUUGAAAGAGAAUUCAAGCACUACUGUACAAAAAUAAAAAUGGUAAGCUACUUUAUAAGGAGAAACCUGUGCACUCUUUGUCACCUGUGAUUGCCUUUAGUUUCUUUUUGGAGAGGAUUCAUGUGGCCAAGUAAAAAUUGCAAAUACUUGGAGAAGGUAGAUUACAUUUGAAUAUGACAAUGAGAUAUGACUUUAAAUCAUAGUCAUAUGUGUUCAGGUGCCUAUUUAUGUUGAUUGGGAAGGACUUUCUUUUUGGAUGGUACAGUGUCAUUUUUUUUAGCCAUCUUUCAUGAUGAUCAAGUGACAGGAAUUGUUCAAGAAGAUAUAGAUCAAUUUUCCCUUCUAAACAGGUGGUAUAUGGCAGUUUGCAUUCAUGGAGCAAACAGCUUGCAUCACUAGUGCGCCAUGGAUCUUAGCUUAGGCUGUCUCAUCAGUUCUCUGUAAGUUGAGGGAUUGCUGCUAGGACGUGAAAAUUACCAUCCAGCAAUUAGAGGUGCUGGAGAUUUAAAGAUGUAUUUGUUACUGUAAAGUUGAGCUGUGAGCAAUUAAUGGCUCAAUAAAAAUGACAGUCCAGAAUUGUACAGCCUUACACAUGAGUAUAAUUUUUUAAAAAAAAUUAAUAAAUCUAAGUA